ACUCUUGUAGGGGUCGAGUGUUGAAAUUUGCCACCGCAAUAACACUGUUUUACAUUAAAUUGUGACACAAUCGCCAACAUGUUCGCUCUGCGGACGUUUCUGAAGUCUCCAGCCGGCGUUCUAAAAGAAAGUGGAGCUCUGUGCUCAGCGGUAAAGGCCUGGACAUCUCCGGAUUUAGCGUCAGGACACGCUGCAGGCUGUGUUGCAGGACUCUCUGGUGUCCAUCCCCCAGUCAGACACUAUGCUCGAGGUGUCAAGAAAAAGGUUGCCGCGCCUCAGAGUCAGCUCAGUGAUCUUGACCCCACCAUGCUGAAGAUGGAUUAUCAGGCGGUGUCCAUCGCUCAAACAACCGAUGACAUAGUUAAGAGACUUCUAACCCUGGAGUUAGCAAGCCAUAGUGAAAAGUUAAAGCUGAAAGAAGAGCAACUGAUUGCAAAAGUCCAGAGAGACAAGAACGACCGUAGCUCUGAUGAAGUAAGAGUGGCUGUUUUGACUGCCAGAAUACGAAACUAUCAGGAGCACUUACAAAUGCAUCACAAAGAUAAAGCCAAUAAAAGACGAAUGCUAUUGGCGAUUGACAAAAGGAAAAAGUUGUUAAAAAACAUGCGGCUGGUCCGUUAUGACACCUUUGAGCGAGUGUGCGAGCAGCUCGGCAUCACCUACACGUUCCCACCCGAGUACUACAGGAGAGCCACGCAGCGCUGGGUGGCCAAGAAAGCCUUUUGCUUGAAGCUCUACCAGGAAAUACAGAAACAGAAAGCAGCACAGAAGGUGCAGACGAAGCAAAGAUAUUCUGCUGCUUCAACUGAGGCAGCUGACAGCCAAUAACAUGGAUUCCCUAAUAUAAUUCAUUCAAGUGAACCCCCUCUCCUUUUCAUCAUGUCCUCAUGAGUAAAUAAACAGAAUGUGAAGAUAAUUU